AACACUUGGGGAAGCUGAAGAAGCGCCAUAUAUGUAGAUAUCAUCAACUCAAGCAGGCAAUUCUAAAACUCAUACAGCAUCCAAACAUAGCUUGACUCUGAUGAUUUCUCUAUUUCCAUCUCUUUCUCCCUUUGGAUCUGGUAUUUCUAGGAAUUUUGUUUUUAGAGGUAAAUUGUGGUACUUUCAUUUGGUUUUUUCACGCAUUCUAGGGUUUUUUAUUUGGGUGUUUUUGGAUUCUCUUAUGUAUGCUAGUAACAGGGUGGUUGUUUGCUUUGCUGGAGAAUGAGAGAAACUGCUUGUUGAUUGAUGAUUAAUGUUACUUCCUGUAACACUUGAGUUGGGCUUUGUUUGGCUGAUGUAGAAACAGAGUAAUAAUUAAUAAAAAGGACUGGUAGUUUCUCUUUAUGUCUUUUUUGGUCAUGGAGAAAUGGUUACAAGCUUUCUCUAUAGAUGAUUCAGACAAACUGGGGGCAAGACUCGAAUGGGUUGGGAUGUUGCCAGCGGACCCAUUGCCAUUUGGCCAUCCCAGGCUUUAUAAGGGCAAGUAAUUUGAAUUGCUUUGUUAUUUUGUUUUAUUAUUAUUAGUUUGUUUUUGUUUUUUUUUGUGAUUUCAUGAUGUGCAAUGAAUAUCGAACUCCUGAAGCUCAUUAAUGAAUUUUUGGUUCUGUGAAAUUUCGUCUGCUUAUGAAUUUCCUUAAUGGGUUUCUUUUAAUUGCACUUGAGGAUUGACUAAAGUAGGCCUCUAGUUUAGAAAUAAGAAAACCAAUCUAACUAGAUUUGGGUCUUGGGAAUUUGCAGGGGUGGUGUAGAGGUCUUCAAGUUUUAUCAACCAUUUGAUCAAGUCUUCUUGAUAUGGGGCAUGACCUUCGAUAUACCUGCCAGAUGGAAACUAGGAGACUGCUAUGGCUAGUGGGAGUGGUAUUCGCCAUAGUUUUGACAAUUCAGUAUUUUGAACUUCCUAAUGUUUUCUCAUCUUUAUUUUCUGCUGGUGAGACUCAAAUACUGGUACUCGAAACGUCAGCAACAGGAAACUCAUCCCUAAGCCCCCAAAUAUCAGGGAAUCUGAAAAUUUUGAACAGUUCGAACUCAGAUUUCACAACUGCUAUUCAUGAUACAAAUAAUAUAACAAAUAUCUCCGAGGCAAAUGGAUAUACAUCAGAAAGGGAUGGAGGCUCAGAUGAAUCCCUUGUAUUAGAUGAGGAUGGUGAUCCUGAAGAUGAAUCUUCAUCUGAGAACGUCAUAGAGAUAAACAACACUUCAACAGUGGAGAAGACAGAUAGAAAUAAUAGCCCGGCACCGGAAAAGGCCAGAGAAUCUGACUAUACUAGUAAUAGAAAUUCCUCAUUAGGCAGUAUUCAGAAAGAACAUCUUCCUUUCGCUUCAGAAGAAAAUGGGAAUUUAGAUAGUAAUCCUGCUAUCCCUUCAUUUGGAUCAUCCCCAAUAAUUUCACCAUCUCCCUUAUCUCCACAAAAUGUGGCUACGAAUUCAGGAAUUCCUGCAAUAUCUUCCAACCCUAAAAUAUCUUCAGUUGAUAAAGGUGCAGUUGUCAGGACUAAUAUUCCAGCUGGGAAGGAAAGGUCUGAGAGGCCAUUGGCAGAAGUAAUGUCAGUAUCUGAAAUGUAUGAUUUGUUGCGUCAGAGCCGUGCUUCAUCUCGUUCAAUGAGACUGCGAUGGUCUUCAGCUGUUGAUCAGGAAUUAUUAGUUGCGAAGUCACAGAUUGAAAAUGCACCCAUCAUAAGAAAUCAUGGCCUAUAUGCUCCUCUAUAUCGGAAUGUUUCCAUGUUUAAAAGGAGCUAUGAAUUAAUGGAGCAGACAUUGAAGGUUUACAUCUACAAGGAGGGUGAAAGACCCAUAUUCCAUCAGCCAGUGCUCAAGGGAAUAUAUGCUUCAGAGGGUUGGUUCAUGAAGCUGAUGAAGGCAAGCAAACACUUUGUUACGAAGAAUCCAAAAAAAGCCCACUUAUUUUACUUUCCUUUUAGUUCUCGAAUGUUAGAAGAGACCUUGUAUGUACCUAAUUCUCACAACCGCAAGAACUUGGUUCAACAUUUAAAGAACUACCUUGACAUGAUUGUGGCAAGAUACUCUUUCUGGAAUAGAACUGGUGGAGCUGAUCAUUUUCUCGUUGCUUGCCAUGACUGGGCUCCAUCUGAAACAAGAGAUCAUAUGCCUAAUUGCAUUAGAGCACUCUGCAAUACUGACAUCAAAGAAGGCUUUAAAUUGGGCAAGGAUGUGUCUCUUCCAGAGACAUAUGUACGCUCGCCUCAGCAUCUCUUAAGAGAACUUGGAGGCAAACCUCGUUCUGAGAGGCGAAUUCUUGCUUUCUUUGCUGGAAGUAUGCAUGGCUAUCUCCGUCCUAUUUUGUUGCAAUACUGGGAAAACAAAGAUCCUGACAUGAAGAUCUUUGGCCGGAUGCGUAAGGUCAGGGGACAGAUGACCUACGUCCAGCACAUGAAGAGCAGCAAGUACUGCAUAUGUGCUAAAGGUUAUGAAGUCAACAGUCCUCGAGUUGUGGAGGCCGUCUUCUACGAGUGUGUUCCAGUGAUUAUAUCAGAUGAUUUUGUGCCUCCCUUUUUCGAGGUUUUGAACUGGGACUCCUUUGCUGUUUUUGUUUUGGAGAAGGAUAUUCCAAAUUUGAAGAACAUUCUCCUCUCGAUCCCAGAGAAGAGGUAUCUCCAGCUGCAGAGGAGUGUUAAGCAGGUGCAACAACAUUUUCUUUGGCAUGCUAGGCCUGUCAAGUAUGAUGUAUUUCACAUGAUACUCCACUCGAUAUGGUACAACAGAGUUUUCCAAAUAAACCCCAGAUGAUAUUUGUGUAUCUACUAUGCAAAGAUUGUCUGAAAUUUUUUUUUUUUUUUUUUCCCGUUACCUCUUAGUGGGGAAGUAAAAGUUGGAAAUGUUAUAAACCAGCAACAGGUCAGAAAGUUUAUUGUAAUGAGGGAUCAUAUUGUAAGCUGUAUAUAGAUUAAACAGCAAAAAAAAUUCUUUACUGUACAAAUCUCUCUCUGCAGAUAAGUAUAUGAAGGUGAUAGGUA